CACGUAUAAAAUAUCCAGUCAAGACUCUUGGUAACAGACGAAAAACCACACUAAUGCAAUUUACUGUAAAACAGAAUUUCAACACAAAUGGUUGUUUAUUUGAACUAAACGAAAAAUUAUCCGACAUAAAAGAAGAAGUCGAAUUGAAUUUAAAUACGAAACGAAUAGUUGAAACUGUUGUAACAUUACCAAAACAAAAAUGCUUGAAGAUUUCCAUCAUAAAUUCGUAAAGCAAUUGUUCGGAAGUGAAAAGUGACGCUACGUUGUACGAAUAGCGUAUGAGUGCAAAUCUUUAAAAUCAAAAGUUAAAGUUUUUUUUUGUUGAUGUUUUCGAACUCCGACGAACAAUGUGCGUUGAUGACGUGAUGCGAAAUAACCAUUAAAUACAAACGUUGUUGAACGCUGGUGAACGCAAUUUGAAUUUGUUUUUAAGAAAGGAGUCUACGCGACAUUUAAUUGUCCUCUUUAUGGGUGAUACAUCGACUGAUUUGAUUUUUUGUUUAUUUAUUUAACUAGAAACGUGUUGAGUCACAAACAUAAAUAAUUCAAACGGGAUUCAAUUCGAUAAAAACACAAGCACAAUGAAAUCAGUUGAAAGAAUAUUGAUGUGGUUCGGGAUGUACGUUCUUUUGUCAAAUAAACACUUGGUAAUGCUACAAAAACAUGGACCGAAUGCUGUUAGGAUAAACAAAUGUUGUGAAAAGAAUGAAAUAUUAAUAGAUCUUCGAUGUACGGAGGUGAAUCGAACGGCAGGGCUCUGGCAACCAUUCUUCACUGGCUAUGAUGGCAGAGAAAAUGUUCAAGUUGACGAAUUUUGGUUCGCCAUCGGAGUACCAGAUUGUGGACCGAUGCAAAUGUGGCCCGUUUAUCAUUAUCAGAAGAGUCAAGACAAAUUACAUUUAUUACCCGAUGGUAAACUGAGACAUUACAUUAAAAAUCCAGACGAUGAGGACGAUUUGUAUGAGAAACAUAUCGAAAAGGAUGAGUCUCCUCUAUACUACGACUACGAACAAGGGCAGUAUUGCAUGGAUAAGGCUAUUUCAACAACCAAGUCCGAAAGUGUUGCUCAAUUUGCUAUGGUCUGUUCGCCGGAAAAAGUGAUUCAUUGGACCGACACUGACUUUCUGUUACGCAAAAUUAUCAAUUCCGUUUGUCAUGGCAUAUCCAUCAGCAUUUUGAUGAUUGUAGCAGUCAUCUAUUUCGUACUACCAACGCUGAGAGAUCUAGUCGGCAACAUAAUCACAACGAUAACAAUUUGCCUGAUCGUAAGCCAAGCAGCUAAUUUGGUUAGAAUUUUUACGGAAUUUAGCAGUCACGUCAGUUUUAUGGUUGCUGAUAUCGUUCUGUAUGUGGCCCUAUUGGGUGCAUUCUUCUGGCUGAACAGUUUAGGCUAUUACAUUUGGCGCACGUUUAGAUCGCGAAAUGUUUUCCUGAGAGUGACUGACGGACGAAAAUAUUGUUGGUAUUCGGGGUAUGCUUGGACGGCCACUGGAUGUAUGGCAUGCUUUGCGGUAUUUGCUCAUUUCUAUUUGGACUCUGUCCAUUCGAAAAAGAGAUUUAUGGUGGCCGAUCAGGAAACAAUCGGAUGGCUUGGCAUUGUCAUAUUCUUUACGCCAAUUGCAUGCACAAUUAUCAUUGACAUUUUCUUCUACGUAACAACUAUGCAAAUAAUCAAUCGAAUGAACACAUAUGGACGAAUCCAUCACAAACUGAAAUCGAGUUUCGUCAUGUUCUCACUACUGCUUCUCGUCAUGUCAGUGUCAUGGCUGUUCUUGAUUUUGUCUUGGAUUGACUACGACGGUCUACUCUACGCUCACAUAAUCGUCAAUUCUGUACAGGCUCCGUUUAUAUUGUACAUCUGUGUGUUACGGCAGAAACAUGUGAAAUUUUUGCUGAAGAAAACGUGCUGUUACAAUGAGCCGCCAUCGGCGUCAGAUUGGGGAGAUGAAAUGACUUACAUGAAUGGGGGCGAUUAUUGAUGACUAAAGACUUUUAUGGACUUAAAUACGGACUUAUCAUUCCCUCCAUGUACAAAAAUAUGAAAAUCAUAGAAUUUUAGUAAAAAUACAGAUUGCCUGCCUGCCUCUUAAUCUCAAUAGAUUGAUAUUUAAAUUAACAAAAAAUUUUAUAUUUUCGUUUGUAAGGAGAAAUACAAAGAAAAACUUUUUUUAAA